AUGCAAGGGCCAGCUGUGUUUAUGGACAUAUCCCUGGAAGAUCAGGCACUCGAACUGAGAAGAUAUUUUAAGAGCCUUGGCGCCGAGAUUUCAGAAGAAAAAUCACCUAAGGGCAUUGAGGAUGAUCUGCAUAAGAUCGUUGGGGUUUGUGAUGCUUGUUUCAAAGAGCCGAGUGAAUCGGACAUCGAAGCCAUUCUGAACAGUAUUGUCUCUAUUAUGGUUUCUAUACCAUUAGAAAGAGGAGAAAACCUUAUCUUAGCAUUUAGUCAAAGGCUCACUAAGGCUCCUGGCCCUAAACUUGGAAUGGUAGCUUUGCAAUCGUUAUGGAGACUUUACAACAACUUAGAACCCAACUCACCUCUAAGAUACCAUGUAUAUUAUCAUGUCAUAGAACUGGCUGCACGAGUUGGAUUUGUCAGGGAAGUCUUCACUGGAGUUGAGCAGCUUAGGAAAGAGUUUGCUAACUGCCCACCUUCUAAUGAACAAAUGCAGAAAUUGUAUCGGCUUUUACAUCAAGUGUUAAAAGACCAAAACAGUGAACUAGCUGCCAAAGUAAUGAUUGAGCUACUGGGCACAUAUACAGAUGAAAAUGCUUCAUAUGCAAGAGAAGACGCAAUUAAAUGUAUAGCGACAGCAUUGGCAGAUCCCAACACAUUUCUGCUGGAUCCCUUGUUAACAUUAAAACCUGUGCGUUUCCUUGAAGGAGAGCUCAUUCACGAUUUACUUACAAUUUUUGUAUCUGAAAAGUUGUCAAGCUACCAGACAUUCUAUAAUAAUCAUAAAGAGUUUGUACAUUCUCAAGGCUUAAACCACGAACAGAAUAUUAAGAAAAUGAGAAUAUUGUCAUUUAUGCAAAUGGCAGAAACAAAUCCAGACCUUACAUUUGAUGAGAUUAUAUCUGAACUUCAAAUUGAAGAGAAAGAUGUGGAAGCAUUCGUAAUUGAAGUACUGAAGACUCGUUUGGUGCGCGCCCGCAUGGACCAGGCGCAGCGCACGGUCCGCGUGUCCAACACGAUGCACCGCACGUUCGGGCGCGAGCAGUGGCAGCAGCUGCGCGACGUGCUGCUGGCGUGGCGCGCCAACGUGCACCAGGCGCACGAGGCCAUGAAGUCCGUCGCCGCGGCGCAGAUCGAAUACGCCGCGCAACAACAGAAAUCCUAAGCGCAGUCACAACUUUGUUUAUUAUACAUAUUGCAAUUGACUGACUUGUUAUUCUGUUAUCACAAAAAUUGAGUGAUUCAUUUUCACCAUUUCAGGGUAGGAAUAGAUUAGGCCGUUUAAAUUAAUACCUUUGCCUUUUCAUUUUGAAAUGUGAUUGUUAGUAUCACAGUAUUUACGUGCCUAGUUAAAUACAUAAAUUUCUAACUAGAAGAUGGAAAAGGUGUCUUGAAAUAAUAGAGCAGUGCUAUUUGGACAAAAAUAAAAUGAAAGCCUUUUUUAAGCAACCAAAAUCUUGAAACUAGUGUCAUCUGAUACCUACAACCAGUUGCGAUUUGUGUAAUAAGAAUAAAUUUAUUAUUUUGUAUCAAUAAAUCUGUC